AUGGCUCAAGUACGUGCACCCAAGCAAUGGUGUUUGACCAAACAAGAAACUAUUACAUCGUUCGAGUCUUGGAGACAAAAUUUACAAUAUACUUUGUCCCUGGAUCCCAAUUUUGCACCGUUCCUAGUUGAGGGAUUUCAGUGGGAGCGAAAAACAAACACAAACCCAGAACGCGGAUUUACUGAUGAUGGCGAAUCAGUUCCUGAGGCAAAGAGGCGCACAGCUGCACAAAAAGUGAUUUAUCUAGAACUCAUGUUAGGGCAAAUUGCAAACUUCUGCCCAAUAAUUUCUCGUAACACUAUCGUGAAAAAUGCAACGUCAAUAAAAACUAUUUGGCAGACAAUUCGUUUACAUUUCGGAUUCCAGUCAACAGGAGCACAUUUUCUGGAUUUUGACAGUAUACAACUUCAACCAGGAGAGAGACCAGAGGAUUUAUACCAGCGUUUAUCAAGUUUUAUCGAAGAUAACACAUUAAAGAAAGAUGGUGGCCUAUCUCAUAUGGGAACUGUACCAGAUGAAGACGAAGAGAUUACCCCAACAGUCGAAAACUUGGUUGUAUUAACAUGGUUGAGAUUAAUAGACAAUCGUUUGCCGGCACUAGUAAAACAGCGCUACGGAACAGAACUUCGUUCAAGGACUUUAGCCACACUUAAGCCUGAAAUUUCUCUCGCUUUAGACAGUUUGCUAGACGAAAUACAUGCCGUAGCUGAUGCAAAAGUCAUGCGUUCUGCUUUUAAAGGUUCUAAAGACAACGGAAAAUUUCGAUCAAUCUCUCGUGCCACCCCUUCGUGUCCCUUAUGUAAACAAGCUGGCCGAAGAUCAUUCAAUCAUUUUCUCAGCAAAUGCAAAUUCUUACCUGAGGAAGACAAGCGUUAUCUUUCAAGUGUUCGUCAAACUGUCUCGGACGAAACUGCGGGGGAUCCGGAAAUCGAUCAAGAGUCUUACGAAGAUGACAAUCAGCAAUCUCAAUGCUAUGGUAUACAUUCGGCUACUUCUAGACGUGUAAGCACCAAACAGUCUCCAACAUUAAAAACAUUUUAUAAACAUUUUCCUCUGAAUGUUACCCUAGAUACUGGAGCAGAAAUCAACAUGUUGAAAUUGUCUGUUGCACACUAUAUGGGAGUACCUAUUAAGAAAAGCAAUCAACGUGCACUCCAGGCAGAUGGUUCCACCCCAUUAAAGGUGGCUGGCGAGACACAUAUAGUUCUUACUCGUGGCGAACAGAGUUUAACUGUUGAGGCAUUAGUGGUUGAAAACUUGGAUGUGGAUUUACUUGGUGGAAUACCUUUCAUGGCAACAAAUGACAUUAUGGUUAGACCUGCAAAGCAACAAAUUGUUAUUCAUGGUUCUGAUACAGUGUUUUAUGCACCAGAGGUACCUGACUCGGUUUCUCACAGUGUUCGAAGGACCCAAGCUUUUGUCCUUAGGUCAAGUUCCAAUAUGUCUUCAAUUACAUGGCCGGGAUCUUACCUGGAGGUCACUUUGCCAGACAACAUUGAUCCCGAUGGCACACUUGCCAUAGAGCCCAAGUUCGGAGCAUCCAGUAACAAACAAUGGCCACUUCCACAAGUUAUUGAAGCAGUGUCUGGUCAGGGAGGUUUUCGGUUGGUCACAGCGUUUGCUGAUGUUGGUCGUUAUGCUAAACCUCAGCCUUCACUCAUGCCAGACGUAGACACUAUACUUCGUACAAUAGGUCAAUGGACAUACAUAAUAGUAACUGACCUAACAAGCGCAUUCUACCAAAUUCCUUUGUUGAAGGAGUCCAUGAAGUAUUGCGGAGUAGCGACACCUUACAAAGGCAUACGCGUUUAUACAAGAUGUGCCAUGGGUAUGCCAGGCUCAGAAACAGCAUUGGAAGAACUCAUGUGUCGUGUGCUAGGUGAUUUAUUGCAAGAAGGUGUUGUGGCGAAACUUGCAGAUGAUUUGUACAUCGGUGGAAACACUACAGACGAACUCCUUGCCAAUUGGACCCGUGUAUUAGAUGCUUUACAGAAAAACAACUUGAAACUGAAGCCCACAAAAACCAUCAUAUGUCCAAGAUCCACUACGAUCCUUGGAUGGAUAUGGUCCCAAGGAAAAUUUUCAGCAAGCCCCCAUCGUAUAGCUUCUCUUUCGGCUUGUCCACCCCCUCAAACUGUCCAUGGGUUACGAUCAUACAUUGGCGCUUACAAGGUGUUGGGUCGUGUUCUACCUGGUUGUUCGCAAUUGAUAGCUCCACUCGACAACAUUACAGCUGGUGGAACUCUUCAGACAAAAUCACCUACAGACCAACUUUGGAUAGUCACUGAUGGGUCAGUCAAGAAACGUGGCAUUGGCGCUACAUUAUACGUUACGCGGCAUGGCAAGCUGUUACUCGCUGGAUUCUUCAGUGCCAAGUUACGAAAACACCAGGUCACUUGGUUACCUUGUGAGAUAGAGGCUCUUGGCAUUGCAGCCGCAGUCAAGCACUUCAGUCCAUACAUUAUACAGUCCAGUCAGCAGACGUGUGUGCUAACAGACAGUAAACCGUGUGUUCAAGCAAUUGAUAAGUUAUGUAGAGGCGAGUUUUCUGCUAGUCCAAGAGUGACAUCCUUUCUUUCUGUUGUUAGCCGAUAUCAAGUACAUGUUAAACAUCUUGCUGGUUCUGCCAAUGUCCCAUCUGAUUUUGCCAGCCGCAACGCACCAGAAUGUGAAAACCCCACUUGCCAAAUAUGUACAUUUAUUCAUAUCACUGAGGAUUCUGUAGUUAGAGCGAUUAACAUAGAGGAUGUACUUAACAGUAAGAGCCGCUUACCAUUCACAUCCAGAUCAGCUUGGAAAGAUAUUCAGUCAGAGUGCCAAGACCUUAGACGCGUUCAUUCACAUUUAUUACAAGGCACUAGGCCUUCAAAGAAACUAACAAAUGUUAAAGAUGUCAAACGUUACCUCAACUCUGUAUCUAUUGCCAAGGAUGGUAUACUUGUCGUAAAACAUACUGAUCCUCUUGUGUCUUCGGUUGACCUAAUUGUCGUACCCAGAUCUGCCAUUGAUGGUCUUAUCACCGCCUUGCAUAUCAAACUUGACCAUCCAUCAAAACAUCAAAUACUACAGGUUUUGAAGAGACAUUUUUAUGCCUUGGACAUGAGCCAAGCAGUUGAAAGAGUAACUGACAUGUGUCAUAGCUGCGCGUCUUUACGUAAACUACCAACAGGGUUUUGUACUCAAUCCUCAGAAGACCCUCCUGAGGUAGUAGGAAUGAGUUUCGCUGCAGACGUCAUGAAACGUACGUAA